AUGUACCUUCGCGCCGUCCAUGCUGAGAAAGACAUUGCUAGACUGCAGCAAUUCAUCCGCGCCAACCCACUGGGCAUCUUCACAACAGCCAUUGAUUCCAAGUCUUUUCCUUUCCUCCAAUCGAGUCAUAUUCCAUUCGUCUUGGAUACCGAGAACGCAACCGACGAGGUCCAUCUUGGUGUUCUCCGUGGCCAUCUCGCUCGAGCCAAUCCUCAAGCUAAGGCUUUGAUCGAACACCUCCAGUCCGAAACCAAGGAUGAGAGUACCGACACAGUUCAGACUAUCUCACGCGAUGUUAUGAUUCUCUUCAAUGGUCCUGCGCACCACUAUGUCACACCUAAGUUCUACAAAGAGACCAAACCAGUGAGUGGGAAGGUGGUUCCUACAUGGAACUACUCGGCAGUGCAGGUAUACGGCCGCGCCUCCGUGUUUUACGAUACCAAGGCCGCUAUGACGAGCAAAUUCCUCGAUAAACAGAUUAGAGACCUAUCCUUCCAGUCUGAAAGAGACAUUAUGGGUUACGAGAAGCCGUGGCAGGUGGAGGACGCGCCUACUUCGUACGUCGAGAUAUUAAAGAAAGCGAUCAUCGGAAUUCAGAUUGAGAUAACAGAUCUUGGUGGGAAGUACAAAAUGAGCCAAGAGAUGUCUGCCGGUGAUCAGCAAGGUGUUAUAGAUGGUUUCAAGGCUAUGGGAUCAGACGUCGGAGCUGAGAUGGCAAAGACUGUGGAAGAGAAGGGUAAAGCCAGCAACUCUUAA